AAACUGGUAAACUUCACUCAUCGCACUUUAAAGUCUUAUGCUCAAUGCCAUUUUACUCAGUUGGCUCGAAGACGGCGACGCGUGCGCACAACGAACCGACGGUUUUCUAUGACUACAAAUACAAUGGCGCUUUUUAAAAUUUGCAUAUUUGCCUUAGCAGUGGGAACCACAUUAGCCCAGCACGCAUUUCGAGUUGGAGCCGGUCAUCCGUCUUCCCAACGCCAUUUGCCCCCACGCACGCGUGAUCCUGUGGGAGAGGCAGCUGUCAUACCCAAACGCAAACAGUCACAGGAAUAUGAGCCCACCAAGCAGUGUCCAGAGGCGAACGGGUUCUAUCCGGAUAGUGAGCAAUGUGAUAAAUAUUAUGCGUGCCUAGAUGGUGUUCACACUGAGCGCCUUUGUGCCGAUGGCAUGGUCUUCAAUGAUUACACACCCAUCGAGGAGAAAUGUGAUUUGCCAUACAAUAUAGACUGCACCAAGAGAUCGAAAUUACAGACACCACAGUCUUCUCUCCAUUGCCCACGCAAGAAUGGUUACUUUGGCCACGAGAAGCCUGGCAUUUGCGAUAAGUUUUAUUUCUGCGUCGAUGGUAAGUUCAAUAUGAUAACCUGUCCCGCUGGCUUGGUGUUCAAUCCCAAGACUGGCAUCUGCACAUGGCCCGAUGAAGUGGGUGUCACUGGCUGCAAAUCGGAGGAUAUAUUUGAGUUUGAGUGCCCUAAGGUGAAUGAGAGUAUUGCUGUAACCCAUCCCCGGUAUGCCGAUCCCGAUGAUUGUCAGUUCUUCUAUGUGUGCGUCAAUGGGGACUUGCCUCGUCGUAAUGGCUGCAAAUUGGGUCAAGUGUUUGAUGAAGAGAAGAAGCUUUGCGACUGGGCACGUAAAGUACCAGAUUGUGCUGACUGGUACAAAGAUCGUUUGACUGAUGCCGAGUUGGAUGAAUUGGAAAAUCCCAAGCCAAAGACGACCACCACCAAGAAGCCACCUCGUGUACGAGGACCCUCUAGGCGUAAGCCUAAGCCAAAAGUAGUGGAGGAAGUAGAGGAUACAGAAGAAUAAGCGUCGACUGUUUAGCCUUAAGUAAUACACUGAAUGAGCAUGAAAAGAACAAAAAAACAUAAUAAAUAUUUCUAUUAAGCCGUAUCAGAAAUAGAACACAAAAA